UUUUUCCUCACCCUUUUGGCGGACUUUUCUUUGAUCGACGAUUUCCUCCUAUCUCCACCUGCUGAUACUGAAGGAAGGUUGAAUUCAGUUCGAUUCUCCUCCCUUUUUCUACGGCCAUGAUGAAUCUGCAUGACGAUAUAUUUCUUCGAUAUCGGUCAUGUUUGUCGGGUACAGCACAGCGAUCGUAUAUUUUAUCAGUUGCCGCGUCCAAAUAUUUCGAGUUGAAUCUUUUGCCGCGAAUAUGCUUUACUCUCUUGGGUGGUCAUUGGUUCUUUCUUUUGGAUCGAGCAGUCAUUUUUGUCUUGCCGCUUGGCCCUUCAUCUGCCCUCGUGGGUGCACGACCACCGCACGCCUCGCAGGGAGCUUAAUGUAUACGCACACAUUGUUAAAAAAACCGGGGACUAUGUGUUUUAAUUUUGUUAUCACUUUGUUCUGUGUGUUAUGCCUGGAAUCGGGAAAGAAAGCCCAGGAGGCUUGGCUCAGGGUCCUUGGGUUGUUUAAUGGGGCACAAUUUUUUUAUUUGGGCGAUAUCUUGGGGUUCUUUGGAGUCGGCGACCCUGCUGUGAAGGAGCUUUCAGUUGAACCAUCGGGAUGACUAUCCAACCAACGGCUUCUAGCAACAAGUUUUUGCUGGCAAGGGAGAUGGGAUUCGUCUCGAGCUUGUGCUACGAGAUCCAUCGCUAAUGGAUAUGGAAAAUAUGUAGCUACUUUUGUUGUA